GUAGAAGAAAAGAGCAUCGGUUCUAAGUAAUAACGUGUAGAGCCACAGAAGACAUCAAAACAAAAGAAAUAAUCGAGUUUAUUUAACUAAGACAUGAAACUGUACUGUCUGUCGGGUCACCCGACGCUGCCCUGUAAUGUGCUAAAGUUUAAAUCCACGACCAUCAUGUUGGAUUGUGGUCUGGACACCACAGCAGCUCUGUAUUACCUGCCAUUGCCUCUGGUGCACAGUCCAAGAUUGUCCAAACUCCCAGGAUGGGUUUCCAAAGAUGGAGCCAUAAACCUGGAAAAAGAGUUGAAGGAAUGUUCUGGACGCGUGUUUGUGGACUCGCAGCCGGAAUUUUGUCUCCCUGAAAAAGAGCUGCUAGAUCUCUCCACCAUAGACGUGAUUCUGAUAUCAAACUAUCACUGUAUGAUGGCGCUGCCGUAUAUCACAGAACACACAGGUUUUACUGGAACGGUGUACGCCACAGAACCCACGCUACAGAUCGGCAGACUCCUGAUGGAGGAAUUAGUGACGUUCAUGGAAAGAGUUCCAAAGGCUCAUACUGCCACCUACUGGAAGAACAAAGAGAUACAAAGGUUGCUCCCGGGGUCUCUGAAGGAUGCUUUGGAUGUUUGGAGUUGGAGAAAGUGUUACGGCAUGCAGGAAGUGAAUUGUGCUCUUAGUAAAGUUCAGCUGGUGGGAUAUUCACAGAAAGUGGAGUUGUUCGGAGCGGUUCAGGUCUCUCCGUUGAGUUCAGGAUAUUCUCUGGGCAGCUCAAACUGGAUCAUUCAGUCUCAUUAUGAGAAAAUUUCUUAUAUCUCUGGCUCUUCUCUGCUUACCACACAUCCUCAGCCGAUGGACCAGAGCUCCCUAAAGAACAGUGAUGUGCUCAUCCUGACAGGUCUGACACAAAUCCCCACCGCCAACCCAGACGGCAUGCUGGGAGAGUUCUGCAGCAACCUGUCCAUGACGAUCCGCGCCGGAGGGAACGUGUUGGUUCCCUGUUAUUCCUCUGGAGUCAUUUAUGACUUGCUGGAGUGUCUGUAUCAGUUCAUGGACUCGGCAAACCUCGGAAACGCACCAUUUUAUUUCAUCUCCCCCGUAGCCAACAGCUCACUGGAGUUCUCACAGAUCUUCGCAGAAUGGUUAUGUCAGAACAAGCAGUCGAAAGUGUAUCUGCCUGAACCGCCCUUUCCUCAUGCAGAGCUGAUUCAGACGAAUAAACUGAAGCAUUACCCCAGUGUUCAUGGAGACUUCAGCAGUGAGUUCCGGCAGCCGUGCGUCGUGUUUACGGGACAUCCGUCGCUGAGGUUUGGUGAUGUGGUGCACUUCAUGGAGCUGUGGGGCAAAUCCAGCCUCAAUACCAUCAUUUUCACUGAACCAGACUUCUCUUAUCUGGACGCUUUGGCACCGUAUCAGCCGCUGGCCAUGAAGUGUGUUUACUGUCCCAUCGACACUCGACUGAACUUUCACCAGGUGUCCAAACUGCUGAAGGAGAUACAGCCUCUUCAUGUGGUAUGUCCGGAGCAGUACUCACAGCCUCCUCCAUCUCAACCUCACCGCACAGACCUGAUGCUGGAGCUGCAGCCUCCUCCCAUGGCCUACCGCCGCUGCUCCGUCCUCAGGCUUCCCUUCAGGCGGCGAUAUGAACGCAUUCACCUACUGCCUGAGCUUGCCAAAUCUCUGGUGCCCUCUGAGAUAAAGCCCGGUGUUUCUGUCGCUACAUUAUCAGCAGUCCUACAGUCCAAAGACAACAAGCAUGUAUUGCAGCCGGUUCCAAAACCUGCACCAGUGCCGCCCAGUAAGAAGAGGAAGAGGGUGAUGGAGGAACCUCCUGAAGUUCUGAACCCUAAACCUCUGCUCAGUGGAGCUGUUCCUCUGGAGCCGUUCCUCGCUACACUGCACAAGAACGGCAUCAUGGAAGUGAAGGUGGAGGAGACCGCAGACGGUCAUAUUCUUCACCUGCAAGCCGAGGAUGUUCUCAUUCAACUGGAGGAGGAUGGCACGCACAUCAUCUGUGACAACAACGAGCCGCUGCGCACCGCUCUAAGAGACCUGGUGCUGCGGUUCCUGCAGAAACUCUGACCUCUAUAAACCUAGCACUCCUUAUCUACAGGGCGUAAAUGAACUUGAGUGUCCGUAAGUUUGUGGAUGUAAAUAUUUGCAAAUGCACAUCACAAACCAGGAUCCACAACAACUAUAUUUGGCUGAUUAACUAGUAGAUCACAUGUAUAGACUUGUUUGGAUAAAUGCCCAUUGAUUAUUAUUCAGUUUACCUUUGGGUGAACAUUCAUUUUGUUGGGUGUUCUAUAUAAUUGUACAAUAAGUUUUGAAAGCUUUUGGAAUAAAAACAUUUUUCUAGA